AUGGCCUCUCCCUACACGCUCAUCGCUUUCCUCGUCGUCUUCGCACACGUGUUACCCACUUCAUUACGGUCUUCCAUCUCCAUUCGCCUAUGGUCACGGAUAUCAUUAUGGCUACGUAGCUCUCAAUCUUCAUCGGUCCUAUACACCAAGGUAUACCUUACGGUUUUCAAUGUUCACGCGAUUUGGCAACGUGCCAAUUGUUCAUAA